AGCAGAUAUACAUUAAUGAACUUGCUAGGCGCAAAGCAGUCAAAUGGAGAUGUCAUUAAAGUUACUUAAUGUACAAUGGAUUUACAUUUUGUGUAUCCAGAUCAUUUUAAAAGAAAUAAAGGCACAGGAAAAAAUAAUAAAACUCGGUUACCUACCAGCUAUGAAUUUUAAAGGCCCCGCGCGGAAAAAUGCGGGUGCAUUCAUUUAUGCCUUAAAGCACUUCAAUGCUGAAACAAAUAUCCUACCAGGAUAUAAGCUUGAAUACAUGUACAACGACAACAAGGGUGCAACUCUCGAGGCCAUAAGUGGAAUGACUGCACAAUAUCUGGAAGGAGUCGACGCAUUUAUUGGACCUGACAUUACGUGUGCCACUGCAGCCCAAGUAGCCGGGGCUUGGAACCUACCCAUAAUAGCAUACACGUGCUCAGAACUCAUGCCUUACAAUGUCAGUCUUUUCCCAACGUUUGCUAGGACAUUACCCUCAGAAGCAAAUGUCGCAAAAUCAAUCAUAUCUCUGAUGAAUAAUUUCUCGUGGACAAGCUUUACGAUCAUCGUGGGUAACUCGUCAGAAUUGAUGUAUGCAGCUGAUACACUGAAACUCUACGCUCGAACCCAUCAAGUAACAAUUAACGACAUUGUGUAUUUUAACGAGAAUUAUGAGUUAGCUGAUUCCAUCAAGAAGAUGGGCGAGAUCGUUGAAAAGACAAAAGAUAAAACGAGAAUAUAUGUUUUCCUUGGGAACGAUGAUACUCUCAUAGACUUUGCACGCAGCAUGUACGACAACCGUUUGGUGGACGAGGGUGAACAUGUUGUAGUAGCAGUGCGUGAUGGGCCUUACGACCCCAGUAUCAAUGAAGCCGGGUAUUUCCUAAAAUUUCCUGCAGAGAAGAUGGGAAAGCUUACAUCCAAUCAUAUACUCGCAUUCCGAAGUGUCAUCCAACUAAUGCCAAGGUCACCAACAAAUCCUAUGUACGAACUAUUCGAGAAUGAAUCGAGGGACUAUCUUGUAAAAGAACCAGCUUUCAAAAUCAGUCGGCCACCACCAGGCCUAACUCUUCCAGUAGAUAUAUCAGCAGCUCAUCUUUACGAUGCCGUCUCCAUCUAUGUGCGUGCUUUGCAUGAACUUCUUGAAGAAGGCGGGAAACCAACAAAUGGGAAAGCUAUUGCAGAAAAAAUAAGAUCGAGGACCUUCAAAAGCAUUAGGGGGCACGAUGUGUUCAUAGAUGCCAGAGGUAACGCUGAGGCAAACUACAGUGUGAUUGCUCUUAAGAAAGACGAGACUAGUGACUAUGGCUGGAGCCUUCAACCUGUCGCCAACUUCACCAUGACCAAUAAUGGCUUUGAGAUUCCUGUAUUCAACUACGACAAUGGCAUUGAGUGGGUCUCCGGGAGUGUUCCCGUCAGUGAACCCCAGUGCGGAUUUGAUGGUUCUAAAUGUAUAGAGACACCAACCGAUUGGACAGCGGCAGCACUAUGUGGCCUCGGGGUGGCUAUUGUUAUAGUGGCUGCCGUAUUCGCGUGUAGGCAUUAUUUAUACGAGCAGAAACUGGAGCGACUUCUGUGGAAGAUAGACGCUAAAGAAUUAACAGUUGUUGAUAAUGCAGUUGAGCAAGUAGACACGGAGAAACCAAAACGAAAAAGUAGUCGAUUUAGUUUCUUUAUGCUAGAACCAACUAUAGAGCCAACAAACAGAUCGGAGAGUCGAAUCAGCAAACAGUACUUCACAAAGGUCGCCUCAUACAAGGGGAACAUAGUUUCCGUGAAGCAUAUUCGUAAAAAGAGUUUAGAAUUGAACAGAGCGUUGAAGAAAAUUUUUCAGAUAAGAAAGGAGCUGACGCAUGAUAAUAUCAAUAAAUUUAUCGGUGCCUGUAUAGACCCUCCUAACAUUGUCGUGGUGACACAUUACUGCGCAAGAGGAUCGCUGAAGGAUAUCUUGGAGAACAAUGAUUUACACUUAGACGAUAUGUUCAUCUCUUCUCUUGUAAGCGAUCUGAUCAAGGGCAUGACGUAUUUGCACGAAAGUGAGUUCAUAUCGCACGGCAAUCUGAAGUCAUCCAAUUGUUUGGUGGAUAGUCGCUGGGUUCUCCAAGUCUCUGAUUUUGGUCUUCAUCAUAUAAGAGCAUCGGACAUUGCAGCUGCAAACACAAUGGAUGAAGAGAAACAAUACAAAAAACUCCUAUGGACUGCGCCAGAAUUAAUGCGAGAAACGUGCCCACCUGAUCGAGGAACACAGAAAGCCGAUGUUUACUCGUUCGCUAUCAUUCUACAUGAGAUAAUAGCAAGAAAUGGUCCUUGGGGGAAAGUCAACUUAUCUGCAAAUGAAAUAAUUAAACGCGUGAGAAUGGUUAGGAAUGAUGAAUUUCGGCCAGAUGUGUCAAUGUUGAACAAAGAUGACAACAUUGUGAAGUGUAUGUGUGACUGCUGGGACGAAAACCCAGAGCUACGUCCGGAUUUCAAAUACAUUAGAAUAAGACUGAAGAGCAUCCACAAAGGAUUGAGAUCAAAUAUAUUCGACAAUAUGCUUGCUAUGAUGGAAAAGUAUGCGAACAAUCUAGAAGCGCUAGUUGAUGAACGGACUGACCAGUUGAUUGAGGAGAAAAGACGAACUGAAGCAUUGCUUCUACGCAUGCUUCCAAAAUCUGUGGCUGACCAACUAAAGAAAAGGAAACCAGUGGUACCAGAACAAUAUGAGUGUGUUACAAUCUACUUCAGUGAUAUUGUUGGCUUUACAAGCAUGUCAGCUCAGAGCACCCCAUUGCAGGUGAUUGAUAUUCUAAAUGACCUCUACACAACCUUUGAUUCUAUUAUCGAGAACUAUGAUGUAUACAAGGUUGAGACAAUUGGGGAUGCUUACAUGGUUGUGUCAGGAUGUCCUACACGGAAUGGGAACAACCAUGCAGGGGAAAUAGCCUCCAUGUCUAUAGCUCUUCUAAGUGCGAUAAAGUCUUUCAGAAUCCGCCACAUCAAAUCUGAGACACUGAAAUUGAGAAUAGGCAUACACUCAGGUCCAGUAGUGGCUGGUGUAGUUGGGUUGAAGAUGCCUCGCUACUGUCUGUUUGGGGACACUGUCAACACAGCCUCUAGAAUGGAGUCAAGUGGAGUUGCCUUAAAAAUCCACUGCAGUAAAGAAACGAAGGAGAUCUUAGAUGGACUUAAUGGGUAUCACAUGGAUGAACGUGGAAUGGUUAAUAUUAAGGGAAAGGGGGAUAUGUUCACAUAUUUUCUCACUGGUGAAGAUAAAAUCGUACGAGAGCGGCGUAUAUCUAGAGAGAGUAACAUGUCUAACAGGGUUCAUGACAACGUAGAAGUUCACAAUCUAGACGAAUGUGCAGGGAAAGUUGUGUACUUUCCAAAGGCCAACCGUAGUAGGACUAAUCAUCUGGCUGAGAGGUCGGGUUCUGGUAGCUCAAAAUGCUCAGCUACUGUUUCCGAGAGUUCAAUUCCCGAGGCAGAUGCGGCUGCCUUAGAUAUGAUUAUGAAUGACAGCAUAAGUGACGAUUCUGUCAGUGCUAGCGAAAUAGACUCAUUAGUUAAUGGGGAUAUAUAUUCCAACACAAACACCAAAAAAUCAAAUUACAUACUUGUUUGACCAGGGAGACUUUUAAUAAAAUUAUUUUGAUCACUGCUCAACUCCCAAACUAAAAAUAAAUGAAUUCCAAAUGUAGUUGUUUCUCUGAACUGAUUCAAGGUAAGGCUUGUUAUUUUUUUUCAAAUUCAUUACAUUCAUUUUCUAUUUUAAA